GAAGAAAAACACAUUCAGGCUCCCGUUAGAGUGCAGCCUGGGAAUCGGAGGCUCACAAGACAUGAAAUGAGAUAUGAAAAGACUAAGUGGAGAAACAGGCUGGGGUUUGAGUAUUCAUUAGGAUGAGUUAAGAAGCACUCAGUGACAGAAAAUCGCAUUCAGGAUAAGGAAAGAGGGAGAGAGAGAGAGGAUGACGCUGUAGUGGAAGGAGGCUACAGUAGGCAGUGGGCGUGUUUUUCUUGUGGUGAUCUGCAGUUGGGAAGCCCGGUGUCAUCUGAUAAAGCUCAACCUGACUAUACCAACCUGUGAGACUGAGCAGGACAGAGGAAGCUGGCUGGGAAUGCCAUCCCUGGAAAUACACACCACUCUGCUUCAGGGCAUUGCAAGUGAGGAUCCCUUUCACUUGUGAGACAAUCUGUACAUUUGGACAUAUGACAGCAGAGGAAAAGACAGUCUGUAGGGGACACAUUAGAGAGACUGUGAGUGUUUGGACUACAACUGCGGGAGCAGUUUAAUGUGAGGGGGUGUUAGUGUGUUUUUGUGUCGUGCUUGCAGUGGCAGUGGCAGGUGUGGGCUGUUGCUAUGCUGCAUCUUUCUGCCAUCUCCAGAAUGUGCAGAUGUGUGGAACAGUGAAGCUGGCACCUGGCUUGGACUUUGACCACAUCUGGACUAGAGGGGCUGCAUCUCCCGUUUCUGGCCAAGGGAGGAGGCAAUGGGCUGCACACCCAAUGGCAGAGCACCCAUCUAGCACCAGAAUAAUACUGGGUCACAGGGACUCCUUUUAGCAAGCCAAUCAGUUGGACCAUACAAUGGAUGAAAGUCUAUGUGGAUUUAAGUGGAAUUGUGCACUGGUGCUCCAGCAUAGUUCAGAGUUCUCUAGCGUGCACUGGACUCAUCACUGGGACACAGAAUACACAUUGGUUGACAAACCUGCAGGGACACAGCCCCAUUAAUGCUGUGGAACCACUGGAAGAAUGAUGAGCUCCAAAGAGGAGGAACCGCUCCGGUUUUUCAAGUAUGUUGAGGAAAAUGGGCUGAGAGCCUACAAUGGCCUGGUAGCUCAGAACCUGGACCACGCCAGGAAUGAGAGAAAUAGGGCAUUCCUGCAGGAGAAAAACGACAAGAAGAGAAAACAGGAGGAAGCCAUAAGGAGGACGGGUGAAGACAUCGCCGCUGAAGGCAAGCACUUGCGUAUAGGCUCUAUUACCAUGCCUGACCCCCAGGAACGCAUGCCCAUGCCACACCCGCAUGCCCUUGCCUGUGGGCAGGGCUUCUCCAUACGCUCCCAGUCCCUCCACUCUGUCGGUGGGGGGAACACUGGGGGUGGUGGUGGUGUAGAGGAAGAAGUGGGAAGCCCAACCUCUAGGAAGCAGCCUCCACCCAAGCCCAGGAGGGACCCGGCCACCAAGCUGAGCAUGUCGUCUGAGGCGGUGGACCACAGUCCCGUGUCCACUUGCCGUGGGGAGAGAUGUGACGCAGCUCAAGGAUGCAGUGAGGACUGUAGGAGGGUGCCACCACCCAAACCCAAGAGGAACCCCAACACACAGCUGAGCAUCUCCUUCGACGAGUCCUACAUCAAGAGUCACAGGAGCAGUGGGGUCUGCCUCUCCAAAGCUCUCCACUACGUCACCUCCCCAUGCGAACGCAACCCCUCACCCCCGCAGAGUGAUGAGAGUCCAAAUGACGACUGUGAAGAUGAACCCGUCUAUAUAGAGAUGGGUGGGAUUGAUGUUGGCACACGAGAACCCCCUAAGAGUGAGGACGAGGAGCCAGGAGAGUCCGUGUACGAAGAGAUGAAGUACCCAGCUCUGGACGAUAUGGAGUACAGGACCGAUCCUGUCGGAUGCCGCUCUGCAUGCCCCACCCCAGCGCCCUAUGACCCUGAACCGCUCAGCCGCUGCUCCACACCUCGAAACAUUCCCCUCUGUGACAUUCCUGCACCUUUCCCCAAUUUACUCACUCACCGGCCUCCCCUGUUGGUGUUCCCACCAGCACCAGCACAGUGCUCACCCAACUCAGACGAGUCUCCCCUCACCCCUCUAGAUGUAACCAAAUUGCCCGUGAUGGAGAACCAAUCCUACAGCAAAUCCCCGACAUCCUCCACCGAGCCAGCCUCCUCUGCACACAUCCGCAGGGAGCUCACUGCCACACCGACCCUCACCAUCUCCGGGCGCUCCUCUGCACCUCCACUACCCUGUACCCUAUACAAAUCAAACUCCUCAUCCUCCUAUCAGCGCAGCCACUCCGCUUGUCCAUCACCCGUCAGCAUGGGUCGUUGUCUCACCCCUCUGAGCCUCAUGCGUACACCUCCCUUUGACGCUUCAAUGCCAUUCCCUGGGGGACUGCCGCGCAGCGCCUCUGCCACUCCUCAUGGCAAAGGCUCGCCACCUCAAGACGGCGGGGGUCGACUCCAUGGUUCUAUGCAGAACGUGUCGACAGGGCGUUCACGGACGCCCACCAGCCCGCUGGACGAACUAACCAACCUGUUCACCACAGGCAGGAACAUGCUGAAGAAAAACACAAGUGGCCGAAAGUCUAAAGAACCUGGAGAAACGGAGUCCAAAAGCAGGUCUCACGGCGAGUCCAAGCGCGAAGGCAAAGAACGUCACAGUCACAGCAAGGAGUCCAAGCGGGACUCCAAAGAGCGCCACAGCAAAGAGUCGUCUCAUCGGAGGGACCGAGACAAAGACAGAGACAGAGACAAGGACAGAGACAAGGACAGAGACAGAGACAAGGGGAAAGACAAGGAGCGAGACAAGGGGAAAGACAAGGAGAGAGACAAAGACAGAGACAAGGGGAAAGACAAGGAGAGAGACAAAGACCGAGGAAGCAACAAUGUUGAACAACUGCCCCACAGACGCAACAGUAAAGACCGCACUUGUAGUGUGGAAACACCACCUGUUCGCAGGGAUAGCAGGGACAAAGGCUGCAGCAGUGUAGAGCCCAUCCCUAUGAGACGGGAGUCCAAAGAUAGGAGCUUCAGCUCCCUGGAAACCGUCUCUUUGAUAAGAAGAGACUCCAAGGACAGGGGCAUCAGCAACGGUGACCUGAUGCCAAGGAGGGACAGCAAAGAUCGGAGCGAGGGACACGGCGUGGAGUCUUUGCUGAGACAGGACAGUAAAUCAAGAGAGAGACUGCUCGAUCAGCCACCUGAGCUGUUACCCAGACAAGACAGCAAGGAAAGAGCAAGAAAUGGUGUCGACUCUAGACAUGAAGCCAGAGAAAGGCUGCUAGAUCAGCCGCCUGAACUCUUACCCGUACUGGACAGCAAAGAGAGAGCAAGGAAUGGUGUGGACUCAAAGCAUGAAAGCAGAGACAGACCACCUGAGUUUUUCCCCCGACAGGAGAGCAAAGACAGAGUUAGAGCUGGAGCAGAAUAUAGGCAUGAUAUCAAAGACCAUCGUCCCGAUUUGUUACCGGGACCUGACAGCAAAGAGAGAGUAAGGAACAACAUGGAGCACAGACACGAAGGUAGAAUAGACCAGCCACCAGAGAUCCUGCCCCGACAAGAAGCUUCCAGAAGCACAAACGGCAAAGACAGAGCUGUCUUCAGCUGUGAAUCCAAGAAUGAGGAGAGAGAGCGGAGCAGCCACAAUGGAGCAGAUAUUCCGCCUCCUCCUCUAGCCAAGCAGGACAGUAAAAAUGUGCGUAAAACUGGCCUUGAGGUGAGAAGGGACAGCAAAGACAGGAGUGUGAAUGGCUCGGCUGCAAUGGAGUACAGGUGCGACGGCAAAGAGAGAGGCUAUCGAUCAGAGGGCACGCCUCGACGAGAAAGCAAAACAAAUUACAGCAUGGAACAAUCAAAAGCACAAGAGAGAAAUGGCAGCACAAUGUCAGGGCAGCAUUCAUCCACAACAACACCUACUCACCAUGGGAGGUCAUCUGGUAGCCCACCAAUGACUAUGGGAACAGGAAAUGAUCUGAAAGCACCACCUAAAUAUGGCCGCUCAACUUCUGUCCCCGCCAACCCCUCGCCAAUGGGAACUCCACAGAGGAGAGUAUCAGAGACACAUCAAAGUCAGAUGCCCCAGAUGCCGUGGAUAUGUGGGGAUACGACUAUGCUAGAACAGAUUGAGAGGAAGCGCACCCUGUGUACGGAGAUCCGUUCCAGACAGCACCCACAGCUGCAGAGGUUUCUGGAGAGGCCUCCUCUUCCAGACAGACACGAGGACAGGCACCAAGAGCGGAAUCAGUGCAAGCAAGACAAUGCAUCUGUCCUCCCAGCCUGCGGGAAAAGCAGCGGGGCCAAAAAGAUCCGUCCCCCCCCCUACCCCACACAGAAAACUGUAUUUUGGGACACAGCCAUCUGACAGUCACAACACACUUGCACCUCCCAGCCACACAACCCCAAAUUACCCACUCCCUCUCCCCUCUGGAUCAGGCUGAUUCCUUCCUCCAACAUCAGGGCAAUCAGGAGAGCCAAUAAGAGCACCAGGGGGAUGGCACUUGCUGAUGAUGUCAAAGGACAAUGGUGGUUACCAUAGCAAUAUUUCUGCUCGUUCAGGUCGUCAUGUUUUCUUAUCAUCAUUGGUGAUAUUUGAUAUUUUUCUAUUUCCUGUGACUGGAUUCUUGUAAUAUAACUAGUAGAAUAGAUAUUUGAUGAAUAGAUAUUUUUUAAAUGAGAUGGGGAUUAAAAGCAUCUUAAAUUAUGAAUAGUAGAUGUAGAUGCAAUCUACUGGUUUUUUUUUAAUUAUUAUUAUUAUUAGUUAUUUAUUUAUUUUGGUUUUGCUUAUUUUACAUUUUCAAAGCAUAAUCUAUAAAUACUUGUACCGGAGUAGCAUCAUUUUCUUAUGCCCAAUUCUUUUAGUGCUCAACAGCACCUAAGUGAAUGGACUUAUUCAAUUCUGUCUCUAUAUUUACUUUUACAUUUUUACUGUCGUAUAGUAAGUCGAGGAGUUCAACGUCAACGUGCUUUAGAUUCCAGUAUGUUGUAGAAUGUACAACAGUUGCUGCGGACGCAGAGACGGGAAACUCUGUAGUUUGUAUAUUACAGUAAGAAGCUGUGUCGUCACUACGUCAAAGCCUUUUGAAGCAGUCAAAUCGUUGUAGGUGACAAAGAAAGUGUGAAAUGUUUCCGUCGUAUAAGAUACACUAUGAGGGUGGGAUGGGGAGGGAGUAAAUUAUGAGCAUACAUUUUAAACAAUAUCAUUUCCAAAAACCAGCCAAAGCCUGUCAAAGCAAGUUAUGGGUGUGGUUGCGCUUACGGCGUUUGGUUAUUUAAAAUGGGGCGGUGGCAAUAGCUGGCAAGUACCAGUGCCCUUACUUUGCCAUGAACACUGCGAGCACCAUGACACAGCAGUGUGAAUGCUCUGUGCCAAUGACCAGCCUGUACAAUCAACACCUGAGCUUUUAGAGCGUUUCUUAAUUUUACCGCAGAUUAUAAUAGCCAUAUGCACUUGCGUAAGAAAUAACUGUCAAGAUUAUGCUUAUAUAUAUAUUUUUUGAAAAUGUCAGGAGUAGCGAGCUGUGUCAUGGACGUUUUAAAUGAUUGGCUGGGAAAUAAAGGCUCAGGAGACUGGCUGUGUGUGUGUGUGUCGCACACAGUCAUCUGUGAUUGGUUGUCUCUGACGAUAUUUUCCACUGAAUUGGCGGGCAACCAUUUUAGAGAUCAAAUUGCAUAAGGACCUAUCCCAUGGCAACAGCUCUUCCCAGUCAUAAGGACCGGGGUUGCACAAAGGCCUACGAGUGAUUGAGGCUUUGUUUGAAAAGAAGAACUGCACUACCCAUCAUCUUCCAUUACAUUUAAUUAGGCUGGAAACAUACAUGUCCUUCUCCCCCAGCGCUCUCCCUCUACCUCAGCCUUCUGCUUACAUCAUCAAAAAUUGGUUCUCUUUGCACAUUAAAAUGCAAUGACAACAUUGCCAAAAUAGUAUGGGUUUGACAAAUGAGCAAGCUGUUAGAGUGCAGUAACCCUCUCUGGUGAGAAUCAACUGUACACAGGUCCCUCUGUAUGGUAUGUCCAUGUGUGCGUGUGCGCGUGUGUGUGUGUAUAUGUAUGUGAGUAUGUUUGGGGAGAGAGCUGUGCAUGUCUGUGUUUGUGUGCCAAGCUACACUGUAUGCAAGAUGAAUCUUUACAAAUGAUUGUUUUAAGACAUAUUUACCCUAUCCAUAACACUGGUGGGUGGAGGUUUGAAAUGUAAUAAUGAUGAUGAUGAUGAUGAUGAUGAUGUACAAUCUUUUUUGUGUAUAGAUGUGCACUGUGAAAAGGUAGAGAGAGCACCGCACUGUCAGAGUCCUCUGUCCUAUUGCACUUGAGUGUUCUCUUGUUUUGCGUAAUAAACAAAGGAAAGACAAAAAAACAUGUUUGAGGAAAAAAAAAGUACUGUAUUCUGAUUGUCACUUGGGUUCUGUUGAGAGAAAUAAAUAAAUAUGGACUUGAAACCCACUAAGGCAAA